AUGGUGGACGUGGCGGAUCUUUACUACCCCGGCUAUAACUCCGCCGCUGCAACCAUAGUCGGCUGGCCGGACUGGUCUCCGGUUAACGAAUGGUUCCCGGUUUCAAUGGAAGAAGACCUUAGUGAUGUAUAUACCCCCGCCGGAAGUUCGCCGGAGAGUUUCGAUCACUGGUCGUCACCCACUGGAAGUAACGCAACCUUUGCCGUGCCGCCGGAGAAACCUCUCAUGCUUUCCACAGCCGGAGAGAUCGACAGGGAGGUGAAGCUGAUCCACCUUUUAAUGGCGGCAGCGGAAGCCCUCGCCGGGGAUCACAAAAGCUGCGAACUUUCGAAAGUGAUAUUGGCUCGGCUCAAGGAGUUGCUUCCUCCACCAGCUUCAAGCUCCGGCACGGAGCGUCUCAUCGCGCAUUUCGCUAAGGCGUUACAACGCCUACUUAUGGACAACGAAGCUGAAGUGAAUUGUUCCACCGUUGAUAACAUCGCCGUCACGGCGGCGUCCCAACUGCUUCGCGAUACUUCGCCGUACGUGAACUUCGGCCAUUUUACAGCCAACCAAGCUAUCGUGGAGGCUGUCGGCGGCGAGCGGCGGGUUCACAUCGUGGACUUUGAUAUAAUGGAGGGAGCUCAGUGGGCUCCGCUGAUGCAGGCUUUUGUGUCGAGAAAAGACGGUCCCCCUCCGUCGCAUGUGAAGAUUACGGCUUUGACAGCAGGGCGGAAGUCUGCUUCGGCGGCUGUGCAGGAAACAGGGAGUAAGCUGGCGGCUUUUGCGGCGUCGAUCGGUCUGUCGUUUUCGUUUGCUCAAUGCCGGCUCGAUCGGGAGGGUUGUUUCCGGCCGACGGCGGUGAAGACGCUGAGAGGGGAAGCAAUCGUGUUCAACUGCUCGCUUCACGCGCCGCAUCACAAGCAUCACUCCCCUGCUUCGAUUCGGUCGUUUCUCGCAAGCGCUGCGGAGUUCGGCGCUAGGGUGGUGACAUUGGUGGAGGAGGAGGGAUGGGCGGCAGGCGCGGGGAGAAAAGGAGGGUUUUUGGGUGGGUUUGUGGAGGAAGUGCAGAGGUAUUCGACGAUGUGGGAUGCGUUGGAGGCAGGGUUUCUGAAGCAGAGUUGGGCCAGGGAGAUGGUGGAGAAUGUAGUUUUUGGGCCGAGGAUCGCCGGAGCGGUGGAAGAGGUGUUUCGCCGGCGAGAGGAGGAGAGGUUGGAGUGUUGGUCGGAGUGGAUGGCGGAAGCUAAGUUUCGUAGGGUGGAGCUUAGCUACUUCAACCAUUGGCAGGCGAAGCUGUUGCUUGGUUUGUUUAAUGAGGGUUAUCGAAUUGAGGAGGACGAGAUGAAUAAGAUCGUGUUGAGUUGGAAGUCGGGCCGGCUUGUCUCCGCCUCCGUAUGGGCGGCGCCGGCCCGCCGGCGAACGGGGUGGAGUUGA